CAGUUGAUAUUCAUAGCCAGCCUUGCCAUCAACUCCGGUUCAAUAAAGCCUCCUAUCACACAGAGUUCAUUUCCUUGAUCAAACUUCUGAACGGCAUUUGUAUUCUGAGAAGCGACCGGUCAAGAUCUCAACAAAAGACGCGGCCAUGAUCCAGGUUACUUCUUACUAUCUUUGGCUUCUCGGUGCUUUUGUCACUAUAACGGUGGCUCAAUUGAGUGAAUACCAACCGGAAGAAGAGAAUUAUUCCGCGUACAAUCAAGUUUCUUCAGCCAAUGAUGCGAAUAAUCCUUGGGCCAAUUACCAGCAACAAGUCCAGCAACCCUUGUACUCUGGAUUCUCUAACGUGGACCGUCAAGGCAUUUUGGAUAAUCCGGAGAGCCAACAUUAUGAAAGGAGUAAAGCCAUGCUUUCACCAUCGGUGUAUAUCCUUUAUUCCCCCAAUCAUUUUCCAUUAUCAGAUUUGUCACAUUCAACGAGCAGGAGUCAGAGUUGACUCACAAGCCGCCACAGUAACAACAUGCCUGAUGGUCUCUUUGAUGUUUGUCAUUCAUGGACAAAUGGUUCAUUCCCUUGCCGUCUUACCUGGAAUAAUUGGCUCCCCAAGGAUUGGUCCCCAACUACUUAAGUGGAUUGACAUUGAUAAAAGUGCAAAAAUUAAGAACUAUUUGUUGCAUGUGAUUCUGGGGUUUAAAGGUCUUAUUGCGACUGUUGUAAUUGUUUCCUUUUUUCUGUGUUCCCCUCCCAAAAAACUUUGACUUUGAAGUCGUUUAAACUUAGUUACUUUUGAAUUAAGUCCAUGGAAUCGGACAAGAGCAAGUGCCUUAAAUAAAA